CGGCAGCACUCGAGGCACGCACACGCGCUCGUUCCGUCGCUCGCUCCACUAGUGCUGCGUUUUUGACAGGUUGCCGCCGAGGUUAAUCGUUGUCGAGGGAAACCUCGAAUCUGUCAAAAGCGCUUGCAAUCGUUUCUCGGUUGAGCUUUUCGCCGAUUAUCGUGAUAUCGGGUCUUCUCUUCGAUUUUGGCCGAACCUUUCGGUUUACCGUCGGAACAAGAUUAUACGCUAACGCAACCGGGCAACUUUAAAACUCAAGAUGCCAAAACCUGUCAAUGUUCGGGUCACGACGAUGGACGCGGAACUCGAGUUCGCGAUCCAGGCGUCGACCACCGGAAAGCAACUAUUCGAUCAGGUGGUGAAAACGAUUGGACUUCGCGAAAUUUGGUUCUUUGGCCUACAGUACACAGACACUAAGGGCUGCACCACCUGGUUGAAACUCAACAAGAAGGUUCUGUCGCAAGAUGUCAAAAAAGAGAACCCGCUCCUGUUUAAGUUCCGAGCGAAGUUCUUCCCCGAAGAUGUUGGUGACGAAAUCAUCCAGGAGAUCACUCUGAAACUCUUCUAUCUGCAGGUCAAGAGCGCGAUCCUGACAGACGAAAUCUACUGCCCACCGGAAACCUCAGUAUUGCUCGCCUCCUACGCGGUGCAGGCGAAAUAUGGAGACUACAACCCUCAAAUGCACGGCGACACCUGUCUUGCCAACGACAAGCUGCUGCCGCAGCGAGUGAUUGAGCAACAUAAACUCACCCGGGAAAUGUGGGACGAGAGAAUCAUCAAUUGGUGGAUGGAGCACAAGGAAAUGGCUCGUGACGACGCCAUGAUGGAGUACCUUAAGAUCGCUCAGGACUUGGAGAUGUACGGUGUCAACUACUUCGACAUCAAGAACAAGAAGGGAACCGAGUUGUGGCUCGGUGUCGAUGCCCUGGGCUUGAAUAUCUACGAGAAGGAAGACAAACUCACGCCGAAAAUUGGUUUCCCUUGGAGUGAAAUCAGGAAUAUCUCCUUCAACGACAAGAAGUUCGUCAUCAAGCCGAUCGACAAGAAAGCGCCCGACUUUGUGUUCUUCGCUCCGAGGCUGAGGAUCAACAAGCGUAUCCUUGCUUUGUGCAUGGGCAACCAUGAGCUGUACAUGCGCAGGCGAAAGCCCGACACCAUCGAAGUCCAACAGAUGAAGCAGCAAGCUCAGGAAGAGAAGUCCAACAGGAAACAGGAGCGGGAGAAGCUGAAGAAGGAGAGCGAGCUCCGCUUGGAAGCUGAAAGGAAGCAACAGGAGUAUGCUGAGCGAAUGAAGAAGAUGCAAGCUGAAAUCGAACGACAUCAAAAAGAGAUGCUCGAAGCACAGGACACCAUCAAGAAACUCGAGGAACAGCUCCGUCUCGUCCAAGCUGCCAAAGAGGAGUAUGAAUUCAAGCAGAGGGAACUUCAAGAGAUGAUGGUGAGAUUAGAGAACGAGAAGCAUCUGGAAGUCGACGCCAAGACCAAGCUCGAAGAGGAAAUCAAGACCAAGGCCGAAGAGGUCGAAGUCAUCAAAAAGGUCGUCGAGGAAAAGGAUAACGAGACCAAGAAACUCCAAGAAGAGGUCGAGGAGGCUCGGCGAAGACAACAGGAGGUGGCCGCCGCUCUCAUCGCCGUUUCUUCGACACCCGAGCACCACUACGUUCAAGACUACGAGCAUGACGAGCAGGAUGACGAAACUACGGACGUGCAGACAGGGGACCUGAACCACAGCGGUAGCAACGAGCACAUCCCCCGGCCCGAGGAAGAGAGGAACACCGAGUUGAGCAAGAAGAAAGUUCUCAACGAUCAGUUGCAGACUCUCAGCGCCGAACUCGACCUGGCCCGAGAGAAGGAUAAGUUGACGACCAACGAUCUGCUCCAUCAGGACAACGUGAAGAAAGGUCGAGACAAGUACAAGACCCUCCGAGAAAUCCGCAAAGGCAAUACCAAGCGUCGCGUUGAUCAGUUCGAGAACAUGUAG